UCGCUGUGGGCGAAAGUCCACUGUAGAUUACAAACACACCGCAUUGGAAAUUUUUACACCGAACAUUCCGUCUCUUCAAGGAAUCCCCGCAUGAUUUCAGAUGGAACCUGCAGCAAGGAGAUGAGCCAGCUGCUUCAGCCUUCAGCCAAGAGCGAGAGAGACUUCCAGUGUCUGUUGGCGUGGGUGUGCUAGAGUGUAUAUGUGUAUAUGUGUGUGUGUGUGUCUGCUGAGAGGAGAGAAGACUGCCUUCCAGCGUGUGUGUGGGAGCAAUCGUGUUUCUUCGCUUGAGUGGGUGUGAGUGUGUGAUUUCUUUGCUCUGAAUAGUAGGAGAAUGGCAGCUCGCUAGUGUGUGUUUAUGUGAAUGCAUGAGCGUGUGUGUUUUCACGAGUGAGUGUGUUGUGUGUCCUCCUCUCUAAGGAGUAGUAGGAGGGCAGCUCUCUCCCCCUGGCUGGGGUGUGUGUGGAGAUGGCAGUGUGUGUGUGUGCUGCCUUGCCCUCCCUGCUCUUGCUCCUAAGCUGCGGUGUGUGUGUGACGGUGGGAUACCCCUUUAGACCCCCCAUGGACCUGGAUGUCACCCCCAGGAUCACCGUAACUACCAGCGGUCUGUUGGGCUGCAGGCGUUUCCAGACCUCAGUAGUGAACUACAGUACUCUGCUACUAGAGGAGGACAGGGGUCUUCUCUAUGUGGGGGCCCGGGGGGCCGCAUUCUCUCUCAACGCCACAGACAUCUCAGACAGCACAGCUCGCACUAUUGAAUGGGAAGCCUCGACUGAGCAAAAGCAGCAGUGUCUGAGCAAAGGGAAAGACAAUAAGACAGAGUGUUAUAACCACAUCAGGUUGCUCCAAAGAUUUAACUCGACUCAUCUCUACAUGUGUGGGACUUACGCCUUCAGACCUCUCUGUGCAUACAUAGAUGAGGAGAGGUUUAAAGUGUCAUCUGAGUUUGAGGAGGGCAGAGAGAAGUGUCCAUAUGGACCUGCUACAGGCUACACUGGCCUCAUCGUAGACCAGCAGAUGUACACAGCUUCUCAGUAUGAGUUCCGGGGCUCUCCAGACAUCCGACGUAACUCCCCCUCCCCCACGGUGAGGACAGAGGAGGCACCCACACGCUGGUUACAUGAGGCUGACUUUGUGGGCAGUGCCCUGGUGAGGGAGAGUGAGGGCAGUACCACUGGUGAUGACGAUAAAAUCUACUACUUCUUUACUGAGAAGAGCCAGGAGCAGACACCAUACUACAGCCACAUUAGAGUGGCACGGGUUGGACGAGUCUGUAAGGGAGACAGAGGAGGUCUUUUGACCCUGCAGAAGAGGUGGACAUCGUUCCUUAAGGCCAGACUGGUGUGUUCCCUGCCGGAAUAUGACUUCCACUUCAACAUGUUGAGGAGUGUGUAUACGCUGUCGGGACAAACACCUCACGACACACUCUUCUACGGCGUCUUCGGUCUCGAGUGGAAGAACGUGAAGGCAUCGGCAGUGUGCCGGUUUUCUCUGUCUGAGCUCCAGCAGGUCUUUGACGGGCCAUACAUAGAGAACCAGGACUCUGGAGCCAAGUGGAGCGAGUACACUGGCAAGGUCCCUGACCCACGACCUGGAUCAUGUAUAACAGACCAGUUGAGAUCCAGAGGUAUCAACUUCUCCACCUCCCUGCCAGACGACGUGUUGAACUUUGUGAGGAGACACCCUCUGAUGUCCCAGCAGGUCAUGUCUACAGAACAGCGCCCCCUGUUGUUCAGGAGAACCACGGACUACACCCAGCUGGCGGCUCACAGGGUGGAGGGGCUGGACGGGCAGAACUACCAUGUACUGUUCAUGGGCACAGACGAUGGCUGGCUGCACAGAGCUGUAGAGGUCAAGGGUCAUCUACACAUCAUAGAGGAGCUACAGCUGUUUGACCAACCACAGCCUGUGGAUAGCCUGGUCAUCUCACACGCACAGAUGAGUGUGUAUGUAGGUUCUCCCUCUGGCGUAGUCCAGCUGCCUCUCUCCACCUGUAGCAGGUACACCUCCUGUUACGACUGUGUCUUCUCCCGGGACCCUUACUGUGGCUGGGAUGGACAGGACUGUGUGGACAUCACAGCACAGACUGACAGGUCUAACCUGAGUCAGGACGUCCUGUAUGGGAACAGAGGAUGUGACAGCAACACAGCAGAUGAGCUGGUCCAGCACCGGAACCGGUCUGUGAUGGUGGGAGAUGACGUGCUGCUCCAGUGUGAACUCAGCUCAAACCUGGCAACCCCAGUGUGGACUCUGGAUGGGUCAGAGCUGCAAGGCUACGGCCUGGACUCCGGCUUCAGAGUGGGAAACGAUGGCCUCCUGGUCAUUGAGUCCCGACCUGAGCAGAGCGGCGAGUACACCUGCCAUGCCCUCGAGAACGGCGUCCGGGUCGCCGUGGUUACGUACUCUGUGACAGUUCGUUUAGACAUGCCCCAACACCCUCCCCCGACCGUGGACCCCAUCCAGGAAGACUCCUCCUACUACACCCCCUGGGACUCUGACUCUUCCACCCUUCACCCCCCUCCUCCAUCCACCGCACCCCCCUCCUCAGAGAGGCCCCUGCUACCCCCUCCCCCGGCCCCUCUCCCCCCCACCUCGGAGCUGCUCUCCCCCAGGAGCAUGGAGGCUAUGUACCUGUCCAUGAUCACCAUCCUGGGGGGUCUGUGUCUGGUUCUCACCGUGGUCCUCUUCUACAUGGGCUUCUGUCUUCAGGCCGGCCGCAGGGGGAAGUACUCUCUCCGUGCUGCCGCCGCCGCCGCCGCCGCCUCUGCCAAUCACACGGACAGGAAGAAAAAACACAGGAAGCAGCAGAAGAAACGCCACAGUAGCUCUGCCCACCUAGAGCUCAAGACCAUCUCCAGCCACUGUAACGGGAAUGGGAUCUGUAAUGGUAACGCCGUCUCCAAACAACCGGAGGACGGCGAUGCACACGAAGGGGGCUUCCUCCAGAUCGUCCCUGGGGAGGGCCAGUCAUCCCCCAACAAGGACCCCCCUCCCCCUGCCCCUCCUCUUCCCCCGCCCCCUCAGACCCCCCACACCCCCCUCAACCAAUCAGAGUGUGACUUGCAAGACUUCCCCAGCCCCAACGGCCUAUCAGCGACGUUACCCAGCGUCUUGCGGAGGAUGCACGGGAACAGCUACGUGUUGUUAAGACAGAGUGAUGCAGACAGCAGCUCUCCUCUCUGCUACUCCUUCACUGAGGAACUCAACAGGAUCCUGGAGAAGAGGAAGCACACGCAGCUGCUGCCCAAACCGGACGAGAGCUCUGUGUAGUAGAGGGAAUCUGUGUCUGGGAGGUAGCGCCCCCUGUGGUGGGUGGACUGAACUGGGACAUUAAUAUAGGCCAUUUAGCAGAUCCAAAGCGACUUACAUCAGUGAGUACAUACAUUUUGUAUGGAUGGCCCAAGUGGCAAUUGAACCCAUGACCCUGUCAUUACAUGCUGAAGGGCCUGUUGUAAGGCUCUGACUUUAUCUCCUUCUCCACGUCAAGAACAGCAAUACUCAUUGAGAGGAACUUGAGAAACUGGCCCCAUUUGUGGAUGACCUAUGCUGCUCACAGAGUAAAUGGGCUCUAGUCAAGUCUAGCCUGAACUGAAUUAUGAGAGAGGGAGAUAGCCUGCCAUUUGUCCUGCUUAAAGGCCCAGUGCAGUCAAAAUGCAGUUUUUCCUGUGUUUUGUAUGAUAUUGUACAACUGUUGAUGAAACUAACACUGUAAAAGUGUGACAUUUUUUUAUCAGUGUUAUUUCCUGAUAUUUUCUGGUUGAAAUACAGUCGUCUACACAGGAACUUCUAAUCAGCCUGUUUGCAUGGGCGGGAGUUUCGGCUUGCCUGGUGACAUCACCAGGGCGGUAAAUUGGUUAAUAGACCAAUAACAAAGAGAGUUUCUAUCCUCUUUGCCAAUAACACAAUUCUUGCUUAAAAAAUUGUUAUUUGCUAAAUAGCUAUUUUUGUCAAUUCUAAGGAAGGGUACUUCAUUGUUACCCAGAAAUGAUUUGAUAUUGAUAUACGUUUUUGCACCACUGAAAAGGGACACACAUCUAAUGAGUCUCUUGCAGGUGUGUUGGAAUAACAACUGUGUUUCAAAAGAGGACAUUUCUGCACAAUAUUCAACUUUCCUAGGAGCUAUCCUUUUAUCGCUAUCCCCUGUUUGACACCCAAAGCCAUGGGUUACAGUGAGGACUAUCAUAAGAUAAGCCUGCCUAGGAGAGACAGAGAGAACCUACCUCAUCUCCGCGAAACUUACAGGCUAGAUCUAACCAAGCUCAAGUCAAUAUGGCUCAGUCUGGAUCAAUAAAAGACUACUGGAAGGGGUGAUUCAGGGAGCAGGCCUCAGAUCUCAGCCCCAGAGUAAGGUUCCUCGCUGGGCAGGACGCGAGUGGCAGGGUCCCUGUGAAGUCUCAUCACAGACAAUGGUAACAAGGAGGAAGAGGAGGAGGAAUAAGAGGCUCAUGGGAAUAUGAAUUGUUGUGAAUUGUGACAAUGAUCUUGACUUGGCUUGUGUCUUAAAAUGGAGGCAGAUGUCCAAAGAAGGGACAAGAUGUGUUUUAAAAUGGUGUGCUCUACACCUUUAUAGCAGGUUUCAUAUAGAACAUUGAGGGGGAAAAUGUAUUUGUUUUUAUUCUUAGAAGUUCUCAUUGUAAAUUAUCUUAAUAUUGAUUACAAUGGUAACACAAACUGUAAUAACCAAAUUCAAGUAUUAUUAUUAACAUAUAGCAACUCUUAACCCAAGACCGAGAGAGUAAUCCAAUGAAAAGAUCCUUUGAACAUUAUAUUUGUGAUGGGAAAUUUGACUGUAUUAACAGUUUUGAUGCACUUUAAAUGCCAUUUGCUUCA